UUAAAUCGGUGGCAUCAUGUUGCUAGCUGACGUCACGAGUUAAGACCUACUAUUGUCAGUUCACGGGUCCGUUCAUUGCUCGGACAGUAGGGAUAUACACAGCCUCCCAGGGCCUGUAAGUGAUCUCUAGUAUGGAGCAGAUGAGAGGACGAGUGGACUCUAGCUGUUGGUGACCAGUCUGUUGGUCAGUUGUAUGCCUGUAUCUACCUCCAGUAUGGACAACCUUCUGUGAUAGUCAUCUGUGAUUUACCUGUGAUAACAGUAUCACAUUUAUCUUCUCAACAAUUACUGUGAUAAAAAUUCUGUGAAACUCAUUAUAUUUUCUUACCGAGGAAUAGAACAUCAUCAACAGUAGAUUGAACAAUGUGUUAAAUUUUCACAAAGACAUGUAGACUUUGGAUGGUUUGUUAAUAGUGCAGUGAUAUUACCAUUGGAGAGUUUUGCAUAGUUACUCAUAAUGAUGCGUGGAAUGCAUUCUAACUCUACGGAGCUGCCACUGACGAGGAACAUGCCAUUCUCGUCAAAGAGCGUGCCAACUCGUCACCAGCCUCGUAAUAUGACUGGCAUAUACCUAGGACUGGAAGGAAAUAUUAAACCCCCACAACAGAAGUUUAGUGGUGUGAUCCCACCGCUUGCCCGUGGGCGAGGAAUGACUAGGAUACGAACCCCUACAGAACAUCGCAGAUACAGAAAAGUUGAGCAGUUAAGGAUUAAGGAGGAGAAGAGAGGAUUUGUAGGGCAACCUUUGAAGCGCAAGAACACUGUUAUAAGUCCGGACUUCCCAGAACCUUUCCACCAACAGCCUUCACAGACGCAAUCUUUGACCUCACCACGCGCCAAGCAAUGGGGGCCAGCCAAGCAUGCUGACCGAACAGAGUUCUUUGACCUUAUUAGGACAAACCCCAGGAACUACACAGUAGUGGUCAAUAAUGGUGUGACUCGGUCCGAGAAUUUGUCAGGUCUUAUGAGUUUUGCUGUAAAUGGAGAUGAAACAAAGGUAGCAUGGCCAGAAAUGCUUGCAGAUGAGGUACACCGAAUCUCUACGAGGGACGAUGAAGAUGUCACGGGACUGGAGGAAUGCUUUAAAAAAGUGUGCAAGGGUAAUGUUGAGUCAAUAUACAGUUUACUGCCUUACCGUAAACAGAACCAGAGGGAGCAGUAUAGCACAGGCUUCCAAGUCAGAAGUUACAGAAAUCCCAACCGAGCGGAGAUCAUGGCAGAUUUCAACAACAUGUCCCGAAGACCUCGCACAGUACCUGCUAACAGACCAAUGGUGCCUAGUCCGUACUUCUUCAAAUACUACAACGGCCCCUACAACAAGGGCAAGGAAGCAGACAGAGAGAAGCCCUCCACGGCCUCACAGUUUGAGAACCAAUUUUCCACACUGAACGGAACUUCCAAGAUAAUAGCUGCCCCCGGCGCUGGUUUGCUGUCGCGUUCACUCAAGUCCAGAUCUGCUGCCUGGAGUGAGGGUGAUCUUAAGCUACACACAAAACUUCAUACUCAUCCUGCGGGUACCCCAUCAGAACACAUAGACGAUGAUACAGACAUCAGAGAUACCUAUUUAUCAGGACGCCAGGUUCAAAGGUCCAUGACUGUUAACUCUGCCGAGCAACCAAUCAUACCCGAAGGUCAAAGUGCAGAGGUCAAGGAUACCAAAGGUGAAGGAUCAGAAAAACCAGAAACCACUAAAGAGGAAGUUUCUUCUCACUUACCUGAGGACAGCGAGGAGAAUAAGCAGGAAAUAAUUUCUGCAUCUAUACGAACAACAGAAAGGGACUCAACAGAGCCCUCAAGUGGUGCUGACGGCACACAACAAGGGGAGAUAAAUACUACCUCAGAAAACGUAGCAAACAUGGACACAAUUGACAAUUCAAAUUUGUCUGCAGAGCAGAAGGCUGCCAACAGAAAGGGAGAUGAGUUUGUGUUUGGAGUAGCAGACGAGCAUGGUAAACAGGGAGAAGUGGAAAUAGAUACAGCGGACCAGGAGGAUGCUGAACAAGCUGCUCUAAAAGGAAAUGUUCGUAAAGCUUCCAUUAGUGAAAAGGUAGAGAAGUCCCGAGUAUCUCAGGCCUACAUAGAGAGUAUAAAGGAGAACGCAGAACAGCGUAAGAAGGACCUGGAGAAGAUGCUUGAUGAACAUGCCGAGUUGGUUCAGGAGAUCAGCCGUGUGGCCAGCUCGGAUAACAUAAGUGCAGAAGACCGAGACCAGUGACCAUUAUGACUAGUGUCCACUAUAAAGUGGACUCUUGCUUAGCCACAUCCCUUCAUUGAUUGAUCUUCACAGCUCUAGACAGUAUAGUCAGUGUAGGGACUCCCUAGCUAUAACAGUGGCUGACCAUCUUUACAACAGUGGCUGACCACCUUUAUCAACUGGCCCUGAUUAGGCCUGAUAAUAGAUAGCCAGCGGUCACUUUGCUUCAGCCAGUGGCCACCUUCUGGUGAACUAUAAUGACAUGCUAGAUCAGCCGGUGCUACCAGUCUGGAUUCUUACACUCAGCACCACCAACAAUGUAAUCACUCAUUUACAUCCUGACACAUCUGUUCCUGUGGGAGGACUGUCAUCCGCGGGCAAAUCUUCUGUAAUACAGCAAAUUAUCACCAUUACCUUGUCAUUCUGAAAUGUAUUGUAAUAUGCUUUUAUGUUAUCAUGACAAAGUAUAUUUUACUCUUUUUGUUUCCAUGACGACUUGUCACACUUGUGAGUAUAAGGUGUGGUUAUUCAUAGAUGAUUGUUAUGGCCGCCAUAUGUAGCCUAACAUUUGAGGGUGUGAUAGUUUCCUCAUAAGCUAUGGUGUUAAAACUGACAUUUCAGUGGCAGUAGCUCUAGUAUUGAUCUGUGAUUUACAUUUUGUAAGACUUAUCUCCCCCUGUAAUGAUUUUGUUUUGCAAAAUGCUACAGACAUUUUAUUACAUUGUAUGUGUGUACUAGUUCAUGUGUUUUAUAGCUUAGGGUUAACCUUUGGUAUAGAACCAUUACUUAUAUUGGAUAAAAUCAUUUUGUAAAUUAAAUCUAUUUUUGUUUGAGCAAUGAAAUGUAUAUCAGGACAACUGGUCACAUCUCUAAUAUAUCUUUGUUCUACUCAUUGUUUAAUGACAUCAGACUCGGACUACAUCACCACUAGAUGAUACCAUACAAAAACAGACUAAUUGGUAUCGGAUGAUAUCACACAGGCUUGAUAUAAAAUUAUACGGUACAAGAUGACAUAUCACUCAGACUUGGUAUAAGGUGACACCACACACACUUGGUAUAAGGUGACACUACAUUGACUUUUCUUUAGGUGACAUCGCACACACUUGGUAUAAGUUGACACCACACACUUGGUAUUAGGUGACACCACAUAUACUUGGUAUUAGGGGACAUCACACACACUUGGUAUUAGGUGACACCACACACUUGGUAUUAGGUGACACCACACACACACAUUUGGUAUUAGGGGACACCACAUAGACUUGUUAUUAGGUGACA